UUUUAAGGAUAUAUUAAAGUUAUAUACCACUGAUUCCCGUAUAUUUAGAUUGUGUUGUCUCUUUUUAAAAUAUGGACACCACGUAUUUUGGUAGCAAAUAGUAUGCUCGUGUCAUACAGGAAGUAGCCGACGAAGCGCUUUUGCGCAAAACCGGAAUGGAAGAUUUGUCCGAACUUAAAUCCAACGUUGUUGACAUGAGUGGCCCUGAAGCCCAAUUUGAUCCAAAAGAGCACCAGCACCUACGUUAUAACCCUCUGAGGGACAGUUGGGUCCUAGUCUCAGCCCACCGCAUGAAAAGACCAUGGACCGGUCAGGUGGAAAAACCUCCAGAGGAAUGUGUACCAAGAUAUGAUCCAUACAAUCCACUAUGUCCCGGAAACACACGUGCUAAUGGAGAGAAAAAUCCAGAAUACAAGAGCACGUUUGUUUUUGAAAAUGACUUUCCUGCCAUCCAGCCAGGUUCUCCAGAUCCUGCUUCCGAUCAACAUCCAUUGUUUCAAUCGAAAGCAGCCACAGGGGUGUGUAAGGUCAUGUGUUUCCAUCCCUGGUCUGAUGUCACCCUUCCUCUCAUGAAAAAGGAAGAGGUUGUCACUGUGAUUGACAAGUGGGCGGAGCUCAUGGAAGAACUGGGCGCCACCUACCCAUGGGUUCAGAUCUUUGAAAAUAAAGGAGCUAUGAUGGGUUGUUCCAAUCCACAUCCCCACUGUCAGGUGUGGGCAAGCAGCUUCCUCCCAAAUGAGCCAACUCUGUCCGAUCGAUGUCAGAAAGUGUUCUAUGAAAAGUACCAAGAACCACUGCUGCUGCAAUAUGCCAAACAAGAAGUUGCUAAAAAGGAACGCGUGGUGGUGAUGAACCCUCAUUGGCUGGCAGUGGUUCCCUACUGGGCGACGUGGCCCUAUCAGUUGCUCCUGUUGCCACGACGACAUGUCCUCCGAAUCAACGAGUUGACCACAGAGGAAAGGGAGAGUCUGGCUGACAUUAUGAAGCGACUGCUGACCAAAUACGACAAUCUAUUUCACGUGUCCUUUCCCUACUCCAUGGGUUGGCAUGGAGCCCCGACCGGCCCCUACUUAAAGGAAGACAACUCACAUUGGCAGCUGCACGCUCACUACUACCCUCCUCUGCUGCGCUCGGCCACAGUGAAGAAGUUCAUGGUCGGCUAUGAGAUGCUUGCAAUGGAGCAGCGGGACCUCACUCCUGAACAGGCUGCAGAGAAGUUACGGAAUCAACCAGAUGAGCACUAUAAAAGUAGACACGGAGAAGAAAAAUGAGGGGGAAUGACAAAUCAAGACAAUUUUAAAUAAAAAAAAUGGCAAUAUUGCAAACUAACACAUUUGUAUGUCUUACCCGCUCAUGAGUUAUCUUAUCUGCCUGACAGUUUGAAGUUGUGUUUGAAUGAUUUUGGUCAAAUGAAUAAAAAGAAAACUAAGAAA